GCAAUAGGAAUGGAAAUAAGAACAUAUCUGCUAUUACUUUUUCAAGUAUAAUAGGAAUGGAAAUAAGAACAUAUCUGCCAUAAAAUUUUCAAGUAUACAUAUACUUUAUUUGCUCCUUAAAGAGGGGAGAACUGAGCAGGGGGACUAUGGCUCAAAAAGCCGGCUCGUAUUCGGACAUUUACAGAAAGUUCAAGCCACAUCUCCUCAUGGUACUCGCUCAGGUUGGCUACACUUUCCUCUAUAUUAUCACAGAAGCUUGCUUUAAUCAUGGGAUGAAUCCUCACGUCCACAUAACGUAUCGACACAUUGUAGCUGGCAUUGUGAUGUUCCCUUUUGCCUAUUUCCUUGAAAGAAAAACAAGGCCAAAGCUGACAUUUGCCCUUUUUCUGGAAAUAUUUGUUCUCUCCAUCCUGGGGGUGAGUUUGACUCUCAACAUGUACUUUGCAAGCAUGAGAUACACCUCUACAACUUUCGUUGCAGCAGUCGUCAACAGUAUAGCUUCUUUGACAUUCAUAAUUGCGGUUGUGCUCAGAUUGGAGGUUGUUAAUCUUCGGAAUCCUCGAGGAAUAGCCAAAGUUCUUGGGACCAUUGUGUCCUUGGUUGGUGUAACAAUAAUGACAUUGUACAAAGGUCCUGACAUAAAAAAUCUAUGGCAUCCUCUUGUCUAUAUUCAAGGAAAAUCCUCCAUUCAUGAUGAGAAUUGGUUGAAGGGUUCAAUUCUUACUGUUGCAAGCUGCGUAACUUGGUCCAUAAGGUACAUCAUGCAGGCAUUUACGUUGAAACGAUAUCCAGCACCACUGUCACUAACUACCUGGAUGAGCUUUGUUGGGGCAGCCCAAUCAGCGGCCUUCACAGUUAUUGUGGAGCAUAAACCAGCGGCUUGGACAAUAGGAUUCAAUAUCGACUUCUGGGCUACUGUAUAUGCUGGGGUGGUGUGCUCCGGUAUAAUAAUCUUCUUUCAACUGUGGUGCACGGAAGAGAAAGGGCCAGUGUUUGUGACUAUGUUCAAUCCCCUUUCAACAGUAAUGGUGGCAGUUCUUUCAUACUUUGUCCUGGGUGAAAAGCUUUACACGGGCAGCAUUUUAGGGGGAGUAAUUGGCAUUGUUGGCCUGUAUUUGCUGCUGUGGGGCAAAGAUCGUGAUCAGGAAGCUCCAAUAGGAAGAGAAAAGCAAUCUUACUUGGCCAAUGACCAGAAAAUGACUCUUAAAGCACAUAAAACCCUUUCAGCUGAAAGGGAAGAAUCACAAUGCGAACCUUGAAGAGCAUACAGACGCGUAGUCUGCUGAUAGAGUAUUGAAUUUUUGGUUUCAGCAAUGAGGAUGUAAUCAUGAUAAAUCCAGAAAAUUAAGAAAAGAGAGAAGAUCAGUGGAAGUUAAUACCAGCCUGCUUCGUCCAAAGUUCACCUUCACGCAUGAAAUUCCUAAUCACUUCCUUCUUCCUUCACUUUUUGUUCUUUUUUUCCAGUUAAAAUACAAAAGUAUCAUGUAAAUCAUCUAUAGUAAUUUGCAAGGCAUAUCUUUAUAAUUUCUUCAUCCCAAAGCAUGAAGCUUAGCAGUGAUGAGCAUGCUGUUAACUUCGUAUAACAGAGCCAAAACUUCAAAAACAGGUCACACAAAAGAAUUAACUUCCGCGGAACCACAAACGAAUGCAAGUUGAUUCCAUUUUAACAAAUAGCAUAACUGGAUUCCUAGAAAGCUCCAACCCAGAAAAUUCUGUGCGGAUAAGAAAUUCCAGCUUGAACAAUAGCCACGUGUUAGA